CAGUCAGCGGCAGAAGGCACACUUUAUAUAUACACAUUAAAAGCAGCAUAUACCCAAUAUAAUACACAAUCAUCGCCACCGCAGUCAGUCGGUAGCGAGAGCUCGAGAGCAGAGCAGUGGUAUAUAUAUAUAUUAUCCGCAUAUACGAGUCGCGCGCGUUCGACGACGAUCGAGUGAGACCCUCCCUCCGUAUCGUAUACACACACAACACACGGCACACAAUCCAAAAAGUCACAAACCAUCGUUCGUGCGAUAAAAGUUACUCUCUUGCCCACCGAUAUUAUCAUGAUGAUGGAUCUGCUGCAGCAUACCGUGUACGCGGUGCCGGUCGUACUGGUGCUGGUCUGUGCCGUCCUAGUGUUCGCGUUCGGCUUCAGGAAGGCCGAGCAGCCGCCCUUCGCCCAUCUGUCGGCCCAGGCCGACGUAGCCGAGCGCAAGGUCCAGACGAAGAAGAAGUCCAAGAGCAAGGAAAAGCGCGCGGCCAAUGGUCAGGUGGCUGCGGAAAAGACGAGCCCCAAGCGUACGACCAAGGUGGAGACCACCGCCGCUGCCAAGAAGGCCGAGACCAAGGAGCAGCAGCAGCAGAAGAAGCAAGACGAGCAGCCCAAGACCAAGAAGGAAAAGGUCGUCGUCAAGGAGAACGAGCAGGCCAAGAAUAAGAAAAACUUGAAGAAUGCCCAAGAGAAGCCGAUCGAUUACGAUGAAGGUGAUUGGGAGCAAGCUUAUUCUCGCAAGGAUAGAAUGAUGAAGAAGAAGAAGGAGGAAGAGAUCGUGACACCGAAAAAGAACAACAAGAAGGCCAAGAAAGCAGAUGCCACCAACAACGCCAACAACAAGGACCAGAAGAGAGCCGCUGUCAAGGACAAGGUAGCCAAGGAAACCGAGAACAAGGAGCUCAAGGAGAAAGUCGACAAAGAGGUCGUCUUGGAGCCGGUCGCCGAUCAGGUAGCCGAAGAAAAGGUCGCCGAAAAGAUCAAGGAAGACAUCGAGACCAAGGAAAAGGUCGAAGAGAAGACGGUGGAGAAGGUCGUCGAGGAGAAGAAGACCGGAAAGGGCAAGAAGGGCAAGAAGAACGCCGAGAACCAGAAGGUCGAAGCCGCCGCUGCCGCCAGCGAGCCAGCGGUGGUCGUCGAGGCGAAAAAGACCCCGGCAGUUCCAGAAGCUCCGGUAGCCGUCGAGGCCGAGACCAAAGAGAAAGAAGUCAAGGCUAAAGAGGCUCAGCCAGCUUCCAACGAUGCCGAUUCUUGGAACGAGGCAAAACCAGCAAAGAAAAACAAGAGGAAAGCACGCAAAGAUUAAUGAACGGUUGAUUAUUUAGAAGCAAGACGAGAUAUGUAAAAAUAUCUUGGGUCGUCUGUGCAAUAUUGCAUUGUGCAGCUGCUUCCGAUAAAAGCGAGAGAAGACGGCAAAAAGUUGAUUUUUGUCUGAGAGCUCAAGAAAUUGAAGUAAAAAAUUAUAGUAAUUUUAUGCUUCAUUGAAAAAGUUUAUUCAAGAUUUAUAUAUUUUUUCGAUGGUAAGUUGACAAAUGUCUACUGCUUAUCAUCGUAGAUGUUGAACACUGUCAUAGAAUCAUAUUGAUCUGUAUGUCAGUCAGAGUUGCUACGAAAAUGAAAUGCAUGAUUACUACUUGAGAUUUUCAAGUGUUUGGCUAUGUAUUUAUUUGAACAUAUUUAAUUAUUGAAUGAUCUUGUUUCAUUUGUUUAUUAUUAUUUUUUUAAUCUUCAAUCUCGAAGUUGGAAACUAAAAAUUAUUUAUUUCAAAAAAAGACAUUUUCAAAACACUUCGUUAUGUGUAAAUUUGUUAAAGAUAGAAAUUAAAGAAAAUUAUAUUGCAUAUUAUUUAAAAAAGAAGAAUAUAAUUGCAAAUAAUCAUCACUUAUAAUAAUAUGAUUUGAACUUGUCAUAAACACAGUGAAUUACUUAUGUAAAAUCACCGAACUAGCAUAAUGUGACAUUGUUAAAUCUAAAGAUGUCAUCUUAUUUAUAAACAAAAGAGUAACAAAGUUACUUGUUAGAGAGAACGAAAAAAGUAUGAAAUAGUGAUUCAUAAAAAUAUGGAGCGUUGAUGUGUCUCUGACUUUAGGAAUCAUGUGUAUAACUUUUUAUAAAAAAAGCCAGUUUUUAAAUUAUACUAACAAACGAACAAUCGUAUUAGUUGAUUGCAUUCUUAUAAAUGCUUUUUAUAUAUAUUUGCUGAUUUCCAAAGCUCAAUUUGUAUUUUAAAAUGGCGUUUGUUA